AUUUACGCAGAUUUGAGCGUUUAAGGUUGGGAGCAGAAGUCGCUGCAGAGCUUUAAACACAUGUCACCGACCCAACAAAGCAGACCAGCGAUUCUUGCGGACUCGUAUAAUAAAAGAGAGAGAAACAAACAAACAAAAAGUUAAUGUAAAAGUUUCUCUUGUGAAAAAUCUUACUCCCUCUGGACAAAGACGUAAUGAAAAGUUUUCCAUAUGUAGCUAAAUUUUAAGUUUCAGAUGGCCUUUUUCAGGGUCUUGGAAAGAACACAAAAAACAAAUGGUCUUAUCUUUUUGGGGGGUCAAAAUUUAUGCACCAAAGAACAGGGCUUUAAUGUCAUAGUAACCUCUACUAACUUUUUUCCUUUUGUUUGGUGUCUCUAUCUUUCUCUUGCUUGCUUUGCUUUGCUUUCAAUCUAUCACAUUGUUGUUGGGUUUGGUUUAUUUGCUUGUUUUGAGAGUGUUCAUGGCUGAUGUUAUUGACCAUCAAGGUGCUACUUCGAGGUAUCGAGAACUCUAAGGAUUCUGGUGAUAGGCCAGAGAAGAACUCGGAAAAUGAGGUUGUUCAAGCAAGACAUAGAAGACAAGGGGCUAUAAUUUCUUCUUAUGCAUCAGCCUGUGAAUUGAGGGUCCUAAACAAGGAAAACGAGAAAAAAGAUGGAUCAUCUCCUAAAGGGGUUUUAGAAGCCUGCUUAGAAGGCUUGGAAUCCAACAUAAUUUCUUAUGUUGACAGCCCCAAGGCAGAAAUUCGUUGUACAAAUGGAGGAGCACUUGCUAACUGGAGAAAGUUCUUCAAAUUAUGGAAAAGAAGAUCACGGAAGCACUUAGCUGCCUUCACUCCUCUUGCUGUGCCAAAGCUAUCAAGAAAGAACAGCAGAAGCACAAAAGAGAAUCCUGUGCUGAGAGAUUUGUACAAUUUUAAGUCUUCUUUGGAGGACUUCAGCCUACCUGAGCUCCGAGCUGCAACAGACAACUUUAGCCAAGAGAACUUAAUUGGCAAAGGUGGUUAUGCUGAAGUCUACAAGGGUCGUUUGAAAGAUGGAAAGCUUGUGGCAAUAAAGCGGCUUAUAAAAGGGACACCAGAUGAGAGGACAGCUGGUUUCCUAUCUGAGCUUGGCAUUAUAGCCCAUGUAAACCAUCCAAACACUGCUACGUUGAUUGGGUGUGGCAUUGAUGGCGGAAUGCACCUUGUUUUUCAGUUAUCUCCAUUGGGAAGUUUGGGAUCAGUUCUGCAUGGUUCAAAAGGUGUGCUAGAUUGGAAUAAAAGAUAUAAGAUUGCUUUGGGUACAGCAGAUGGCCUCACAUAUCUUCAUGAGACGUGUGAAAGGCGAAUUAUUCAUAGAGAUAUCAAGGCUGAUAAUAUUCUGCUUACAGAGAACUUUGAGCCUCAGAUUUGCGAUUUUGGCCUUGCCAAGUGGCUACCAAAACAAUGGACUCACCACAAUGUAUCAAAAUUUGAAGGAACUUUCGGUUACUUUGCUCCAGAAUACUUCAUGCACGGAAUAGUUGAUGAGAAAACUGAUGUCUAUGCAUUUGGAGUUCUACUUUUGGAGCUCAUAACAGGACGAAGAGCUUUAGAUGAUCAACAGCAAAGCGUCGUACUAUGGGCAAAGCCUCUACUUGAUGAGAAUGAUAUUAAAGAGCUUGUAGAUCCUUCCCUAGGUGAUGAUUAUGAUGCAGAGGAGGUGGAUCGCAUGGUUUUGACUGCCUCUUUGUGCAUUGAGCAAUCUCCUAUUCUUCGUCCUCAAAUGAGUCAGGUUGUGAUACUGCUGAGGGGUGAUGAAUAUGUAGCAGCAGACUGUGCUAAAGAACCCCACAGGCGGUCCAUCCAAAGAACAUACUCGAACGAACUCUUGGAUGCGCAAGAAUACAACUCAACGAAACAUCUAAACAAUAUCAAUCGACUAAGGGAGAUUGCUUUGGGUUCUUAAAACAGAGAUGAAAGUUAAUCAUAUAGUUCCAUAGGUCUUUGAGUUUGAGGGUUUGCCGGAAGUCUUAACCGAAGUGAAAAGCAUUUGAUACUACUGUUUUCCAUGGCAUUUGGAAGCAUUGGUUCCUAUGGAAGUUCUUCCAAAUUUCAUGUGAAACAGUACCAAAAUCAAAUGAUUUCUGGUAUGUCCCAAUCCCUUCUCUUGGCUUGUAAUGUAUAUAACAGGUUUGGAGUGAAAGUUGAAGGAACCUUAAAGCUAAAUGCAACAAAAUAGAAUGUUCAAUUUGGACCAGUUUAAGUUUU